AUGGAUACAGUUAUUGAUCAUAGAAUAAGAGAUUGGGUUUUUAGUCCUAUAGUUAUAGUUAUGUUUAUGGUAAAUUUAUUUAGACAUUAUUUAUCUAUUUAUUCAGAAAAAAAAACAAUUGAAAAAAUAUCGGCAUUAAACGAAUAUUUAGACAUAUGUGAUAAAUAGUAAAUAGUAAGAUGUUAAAAUAUAAUAAAGCAUAAUAGCUUAUUAACCGAUAAUUCAUUCAAAAUAAGAAAAUAUCAUUUAUGUAAAAAGAACGGAGGAUAUUUAACUGUUAGAGGAGAAAGAGUAACCUAAGUAAACCCAAUGUAGCAAAUGGCAUAAAUGAAUCCAAAUAAUAUGACAGCUAUGUUAAAGAACAAUUUAUCAAUGGGUCUAUCAACAUUUUUACUUUAUACAUGGGUAAAUUAAUUAUUUUCAGGUUUUAUUUUGGCUCGUGUACCAUUUCCUUUAACUUAAAAAUUCAGAAUAAUGUUAUAAAGUGGGGUUGACAUUUUAAAUUUAAAUGUGAGAUAUGUAUCUUCAUUGUCUCUUUACUUUUAUUAUUAACUUCUUUUCUUUAAUUCAAAACUUUAAUAUAGGCUUAACAAGAACAGUUAAAUCAGGACCUGGUGGAAUGGGAGCUAUGGGAGGAAUGGGAGCUAUGAAUCCUAUGAGUUAAAUGUCCGGCAUGAUGGGAGGAUAGAUGGCUGGACAAGGACCAGAUUAUAAAAAAAUAUUUAAUAAUGAAAAAGAAAGUAUUGAACUUGUAAGACAUCAUUAUAUAUUAGAA